UCCCAUGACAAACGCAAGAAACAGGAAAGCAAGAACCGGAAGAAACGGCCAAUAUACAGAACGAGCCAGCACUCCAUUUUCUCAUACGGUUGGCCCGGAAUUAGGCGCCUCGAUUGCUUGCUAGCCGCCAGAUUAGUCUUUCGCUACCCUAAGAUCGGUCGGAAGAAGAACAGUUCAAUCUCGGUUCAUCAGAAGUGAAACUGCUUAGAUCAGAUUUCGUGGAUUCCUUCACUUCAAAGUUUGCAUGUUGCAAGUGGUUUGAAUUUUUCAAGAACAAAAGUUUCCAACCUGUAUGGAUUAUCUUCUGUUUCUGGCCCAUCAGGGGAAUUGCUCCUGCUUCAGCCUCUUAGAUUGACGUCAGAGCAGGAGGCGAUUUCGCUAAAGUGGUUUUAGUUAUCCUGUUUAGAUAAUUUGGUCACAUCUAAUAACAUGCAGGGGAUUGAAUCUUUACCCCCAAGCCUGCUUCACAUAUAAGCCCUGAUUUCCUUGUACUAUGUAGAAAUUCUUAGUUGAUUCACCUAUUUUUAGGCUCAUUUAUUUUAAUAUUUUUUCCUACAUGACUGUUUGAUACCCGCUCAGCACUCAACCUAAAAGGCUCAAGUUCUCAUUUUUUUCAUUUUCUCCUGGUAUAUCUUUGACAGUAAGACAAGUAGUUUUAAGAAUGCAUCUCAGAGUGAGGGACAAGAUCUUGCUUCUAAUGCCACUGAAUCUUUUUCAGUCACAUUUACCAAACAUUUCUUGGUUCAUGUUGGCAACCUUGAAUGUUGGACAUGGACACUAUGAACUCUGCCUUCAUUUAUUUGCUCACCAGAUUAUAGGACUCUGCCUUCAGCUCUUUUCUGUGUUUCUCAUCCAAUUUUUAUGCAUAAUGCUAUCUUUGUGUCACACUAUGAAAUGAUUUUUUUUCUCUAAUGAAACGAAUAUGUUUCAUGCCCAAUUAAUAGAAGUUAGGAAUUCGGAAACAGAUAAUGGACAAAGUGUGGAUAAAUAUUUAAGCUUUUUUGCAUUAUAUGGUUUGGUUUGGUCUUGUGAAAGCAUUAACACUUGUUGAAAAUUGAAUAUUCCCUUAUCUUCAACUUAUUAUAAACUGAACAUUUACUAUAGAAAUUUUGCGCUACAAUAAGUGAGUGAUGGUGAAUCAGGGGUACCUCUCACCAUGAGCAUUUGCUUGACUUCAGUAUCUGGCAUAACAAUCUCUGCACUAUCCCGUCAUUACCAGUUUUUUCCCUUUCUUUGAGAAAGUAUUUCAUCGGUAUCAUUCCCUUUUUCAGGUCAUUGAACUGAAUGAUCCAAUCUGAUUUGCUGACUGCUCCUCUCAUCACUCAAAAUUUGUGAUGGAACAGGACCAUCAAGCCUAUGAAGAGGCUGAUCACUACGCUAAGAGGAAAGCAGCCAAUAUUUGUGCUUCCACUGGUGCUAGAACUGUCAAGAGAAAACUAGAAGCAAGUAGGAUUCCACCCAAUGAUUUGGUUAGAAGAACAGGCAAAGAACAGAAAGUACCCGCUUAUGAAGUUCGUCAGUUAACCAAGAAUGAGUUGCCUCUGAAGGUGUCUGCUAGGAAUGCCAUCAAUAGCGAUCACUUCCAUAGGCCUUUAAGUAGCAGAUGCAAUGAUCUUACCAAGAACAUUUCUGAGAUAAGGCCAGUUUGCAGAGCUCUUCCUUUGCCUGAGAAACCUUUGUGCAUCAGAGAAGAGGACGAGUGCUCAGUGGCUAGUUGCAGCGCAAAUUACUCAGAGUACAGUACCAGUGAUAACAAACAAUCAGUCGGAACCGGCAGUUGUUUCGCUGACGAUGUUAUGUAUUCAUGCCAACGCAGACAGGAGACCAAGAAUGCCUAUGGAUCUGGUUUGUUUCUGAAUGUCCAUGAGCUGGAGCUGCAAGCAUACCAAUCAACCGUCAGAGCUUUCCAUGCUGCAGGACCCCUGACAUGGGAGCAAGAGUCACUCCUGACAAACCUGCGCCUCUCGCUCAACAUCUCGAAUGAGGAGCACUUGCUUCAGUUGAGGCAUCUCCUAUCUCUUUGAUAAUUUUCAAAAACUAAUGUGCCUUUUUUAUAUCUGUGGAUUACCUCCAACCCGUAGAGAUCUUUGCAUGCUUGUAGCGUAUGUUUCCCACCUUGACUGUUGUAUAUAAAGAAGAGUUCAGAGAAAUCCACUUAUAGCUGUUGUACUUCACCAGAACUUUGUUGCUAGGAGUAAAUGUCUUGCAUUUUUUUAGUGUUUUUACAAUUCAAGGAAAUGUGAAGCUAUCUUCGAAAUAUAUUUGUCAUGCUGAUAAUCAAGGUUGAAAUAUCAGUUCCUUUAAAUGAAGCUGAAGCAUCAAUUCUAGUUACUGAUCUCGCUCAUUGUAUCUCUUUCUUCGCUUUGGUAUCGUUCUGUAUGUUUGUAGCUGAAAUGUUUCGCCAUUAAUAGGUCCUGAUUAAGAUCUAUCUUUAAUACUCCUAGUUUUGCAUUGGUGCUGCUGAUGUUUAAACCUCAUGCUGUGAACACACAGAUUUCUGUGCAGUGGAUGAAUACCACUUUAUGAGAAAGAGGUCGCUGAAACAGACAGUGCACUGAAGUCUGAAAACCAGGUGCUUGGGUGCCUUUCUUCUCUCCCGUCAGGCCAUCAUAUUGAAGGCAUGUCUGGGUUUUAUGAUUCAUUGAUCAUGGUGACGGAUAAGACCGGGUACGCCAUCAAAUAACCUAGGGACCUUAAAAUGUGUUCAUGCCCUCUUGAAGUUCAAAUUCUGUUUAUAUAUAUUAGAUGUCCCCAAGGGACCCUAUUCUUCAUUUUAACUGAAAAGUUAUGUAAAUUUUUUCUUUUAAUCAAACUGCAAUUGUGUUUGUCAAUUGUUCAGCCAACAUCUGUUCUUGUAACUUGGAACCUGUAUCUCUGCAGUAAGACACCGGUACAGGAAUUCAAAUGAGACACUGAAACUUCAAAGAUGCUGGAAAUUUGUCCGUAUUUGACUUU